AUGUGUCGGGAGUGCGGCUACGAAAGCACUCGCUGGCUCGGAUUCUGCCCUGCCCCCUCUUGCGGUUCUUCCCUGCCGUUACAGGAAAUCGAGGUUGCAUCAGGAACUUCUUCCCGUCCCUCUUGGUUGCCAUCCUCUGGGGAGCCUCCCCAGGAACUGUCUCGCCUCAGUCCUGAAGACCGCCGUCGCAUUGAACUCCCGUCCGAGGAAUUCAACCGCGUCCUGGGUGGUGGUAUCGUGCCUGGCUCCGUUGCAUUGCUUGCCGGGGAACCCGGAGUAGGCAAGUCAACCCUGCUGCUCCAGUUGGCCCGCUACCUGUCCGAGAGCGGUCGGCAGGUGGCGUAUCUGAGUGGCGAGGAGUCUCCCCACCAAAUCAAGCUGCGUUCCGAACGUCUGGGGUUCGCCGGCGACCGGGUCUUCCUGAUAACCGAGACCGACGUGGAUGCUGCCCUGUUACGCUUGGAAGAAUGCCAGCCCUUCUUGGCCAUAGUGGAUUCGAUCCAGACCCUCUAUACCCAGGACGCCCCCUCCGGCCCUGGCAGCGUGGCCCAGGUUCGGGAGUGCGGCUUGAAGUUGCUGCAGUGGGCCAAGCACCGCAAUGUACCCGUUUUCCUGGCUGGCCACAUGACCAAAGACGGUUCCCUGGCUGGCCCCCGAGUACUGGAGCACAUGGUGGACCUGGUUAUGUAUCUGGAGGGCCAGGACAUCAGCUCCUACCGGGUGCUGCGCAGUGGCAAGAACCGGUUUGGCUCUACCACCGAAAUCGGCGUAUUUGAAAUGACGGGUCAGGGGUUGGUAGAGGUGCCCGAUCCUUCUCGCGCCCUCCUGGCCCAGCGUUACGAACUUGGAGUGGGCGCCGCCCUGGUUCCGGCCCUGGAAGGCAGCCGGCCUCUCAUGAUGGAGAUCCAGGCUCUUACUUCACCGGCAUUUGCGCCGGUCCCCCGCCGCGUGGCCAACGGUGUGGACUAUAAUCGUCUGCUCAUGCUGGCGGCAGUGGCUUCCCGCCGGUCGGGACUGGAACUGGCCGGACAGGAUAUAAUCGUCAACGUUGCCGGUGGCUUCCGCGUCAAUGAACCCGCCGCUGACUUGGGUGUUAUCCUGGCGUUGGCCUCAAGCCUGUACAAUCAGCCGCUGGACCCGCAAUUGGUGGCCAUAGGCGAAGUGGGGUUGAGCGGGGAAUUGCGCACUGUCCCCCAGGUAGAGCGUCGCGUGGUGGAAUCUGCACGCCUCGGGCUUUCGCGCUGCAUACUACCGGAGACCGCCAGAGGCGACUUGAGGAACAUCCCCGAGAUAGAGCCGGUCUUUGUGAAGACAGUGCGACAGGCAUUGAGAGCCGCUCUAGGUUCCGGGCGAAGCGGGCCCAAUCCCGAAGAAUACUCGUUCAAGGACAUGGAAACGGAUGAGCUGGACUUAAGCUAA